GUCCCGCGCGCCCGGCCGGGGCUCCGAGUGGGGGCGGGCGGAGGCGGCGCCGCCCAGCGGGAUCCGGGCUGGAAGCCUAGCGGAGUGCCGCGUCCCGGCCGAGGGGCGGCGGCGAGUCCCCGCGGGAGCCCAGGGUGUCAGAAGCAGGGGCAGAAGCAACAAAGUUCCCGGGUUGUGUCCGAGGCCGCGGUCUGGGUUGCUCGUUCGGCCUCCCCUUCCUCACCAAGGCAAUGGCUUCCAAACUCCUGCGCGCGGUCAUCCUUGGGCCGCCCGGCUCGGGCAAGGGCACCGUGUGCCAGAGGAUCGCCCAGAACUUUGGCCUCCAGCAUCUCUCCAGCGGCCACUUCCUGCGGGAGAACAUCAAGGCCAACACGGAAGUUGGUGAUAUGGCAAAGCAGUAUAUAGAGAAAGGUCUCUUGGUCCCAGACCACUUGAUCACACGCCUCAUGCUGUCGGAGCUGGAGAAUAGGCGUGGCCAGCACUGGCUACUGGAUGGUUUUCCUAGAACAUUAGUUCAGGCUGAAGCCUUGGACAAAAUAUGUGACCUGGAUCUAGUGAUCACUUUGAACAUUCCAUUUGAAACGCUCAAAGAUCGUCUCAGCCGGCGCUGGAUUCACCCUUCUAGUGGAAGGGUGUAUAACCUGGACUUCAACCCACCUCAUGUACAUGGGAUUGAUGACAUUACUGGUGAGCCAUUGAUCCAGCAGGAAGAUGACAAACCUGAAGCAGUUGCUGCCAGACUAAGACAGUACAAGGAUGUGGCAAAGCCAGUGAUUGAAUUAUACAAGAGCCGAGGAGUGCUCCACCAGUUUUCGGGAACGGAGACUAACAAAAUCUGGCCCUAUGUUUACACACUUUUCUCGAACAAGAUCACACCUAUUCAGUCCAAAGAAGCAUACUGAGCCCACCCAGUAGAAGAAGCAGGAAGAUAUGGUCCAUUCAUUCAAUCGUAUGUGUAGUGUUGGUGCCGUGUCCCUAUUAGAAGCUAGCCGAGAUAGCUCGCAGCGUCUUUUCUAGUUUAAAUGGUGAACUGAUAAGAAAACUAAUGAAUAGGAAGAGUUAACGAAGAGGCUCUUCUGCUUUUCUAAUAGAAGGGUCACCUCCACAGUUUUAAGAUGUCUCUGCACAUGUCUCAGGUCCUUCAUAAGAAAGCAAGCAAGCACGUACAGGCUGGAUUUCUUUCCCAUGUGUGUAACCCAAGCUCUAGCUGAUUUGACAGCCAUGUUGUCGCCAUAGUAGCCUUUUUACACGUGAGGGUGGUGGUCCCUGGUUCUUCCCAGCCCCCAAAGGCUGAACCACAGCACUAGGAAGCCUGAGAAUGUCAAGGGCUGGAGCCUAGCUUUGUCCUGGCAUAGACGCCCUCCUGGUGACAGUGGGAUUGAAGCCAGCUGCUCUCAGUGGCCUUGAGUGGCUCUCCACAGUUCAUUUUUUCUGUUGGGUAUGACACCUUUCUGCAUCCAUGCUUCAUAGAAUCACAGAAUCUCUCCUUUCUGGAUAUCCUGGAAUGAGAGGAUUUGGUUUCUACCACGACAGACUGUAUUUUUUUUACAUCUAUUUUCUCCCUUCCUAGACUGUUACAAAUACAAAUUGUUACUGCUUUUUUCCCCUCUCUAAUUCCUUUCUAAGAGCCGAGAGCUGUGGGAUGGUAUUGACUCUGUUUGUGCACCAGGAUCUGAGCUAUGUGAAGGGUCUCCUUAAACUGCUGGGCUGACUCUCAUGGGUUGACACUGCUCCUUUGAUUGUAGCAAAAUAAAACCCUCAGAGUCUUUGGGGAGCCCUCACAAUGGGACUCAUUCACCUCCAUACAUGUUACAAGAUCAUAUCUUAUGUAUAGAAGUAAGACUGUAUGGAAUUACUGGACUAAAAUAAUAGUUUAGCUGUUUAGUCAAGACAAAAAAAAUGUACUUUGAAAAUGCUGCUAAAUAUCGAUGCUGAUAGCGUUUUUCUUCUGUGAGUGACCCAAGUAUAUUAUAAAUAGUUGGUAAAGGGAAUGGAGCCUGUGGGGUUGAGGAAAAUGUUGCACUAGCUGUGCCUAGACUGAUGAUGACAGGUUUACGAUGACGGGAAAACAAAAUCAAAUUUUUUUAUUCUAUUCCAAAGAUGCUUUCUAUAGGGUGGCCAUGAAGUCUAGAAAUAGAGCUCAUACUAUUUUGUCAUUCAUUGGAAUGUAAUAUCAAUAAACCAAGAUUUGCCUGGUUUCCAGA